CAGAAGUUUCCGUCCAUCUCUUCCUCGUACAACAUAAAUAAUCAUUCUCUUCUCUAGUGCUUUGAGGAAGAAACAGAGAAAGAGAAGAGAAAUUUCUAAAAUGGGUGCUUCUUCCUUAGUUCCAUCACAUGCAUUAAUUGGAGCCUGGUUCCUCUUUGCAUCUCUCAUUGCAUUGUGCCUAGGCCUCUUUCCUCAACCUGCACUCGCCGGGGAUGAAGGCAUUACCCGACAUUACACGUUCGAUAUCAAGAUGCAAAACGUGACCAGAUUGUGCCACACGAGAAGCAUUGUCACAGUGAAUGGAAAAUUUCCUGGUCCUCGCAUUGUAGCCAGAGAGGGCGAUCGCCUCUUGAUCAAAGUCAUCAACCAUGUCCCUCACAAUGUCUCCAUUCACUGGCACGGGAUCAGACAGCUCCGAUCGGGUUGGGCUGAUGGGCCAGCCUAUGUGACCCAAUGCCCGAUACAGACGGGCCAAAGUUACGUGUACAACUUCACAAUCACAGGCCAAAGAGGCACUCUUUUCUGGCAUGCUCACAUUUCAUGGCUUAGGGCAACUCUCUAUGGCCCUAUCAUUAUACUCCCCAAGAGAAAUGCUUCCUACCCAUUUACAAAACCUUACAAGGAAGUUCCCAUUGUCUUUGGGGAGUGGUUUAACACAGAUCCUGAGGCGAUUAUUGCCCAAGCCUUGCAAACUGGCGGAGGCCCCAACGUUUCCGAUGCCUAUACCAUUAACGGUCUACCUGGCCCACUCUACAACUGCUCCGCCAAAGAUACAUUCAAGCUCAAGGUAAAGCCUGGGAAGACAUAUCUCCUCCGUGUUAUCAAUGCUGCACUGAAUGAUGAUCUCUUCUUUAGCAUCGCAAAUCACACCCUCACAGUUGUCGAUGUGGAUGCGAUCUACGUGAAACCAUUUGACAUGGACACGAUCCUGAUAACCCCGGGGCAGACCACAAACUUGCUUCUCAAGACAAAGCCUAGCUACCCAAAAGCCACCUUUUUAAUGACCGCAAGGCCCUAUGCGACAGGUCUAGGAACCUUCGACAACUCCACGGUUGCCGGAAUUCUCGAAUACGAAAGACCAGGAAGUUUCCAUCAUUCGGCUGGCUCAGUCAAGCAACUUCCUCUGUUUAAGCCGACCUUACCAGCUCUUAACGACACUUCUUUCGCUAUGAAGUUCAGCAAUAAACUCAGGAGCCUAGCAAGUGCCCGAUUCCCUGCCAAUGUGCCCAAGAAAGUUGACAGGCAGUUCUUCUUCACUGUUGGGUUAGGAACAAAUCCUUGUGACAGGAAGAACAAAACAUGUCAGGGGCCCAAUGGAACCAUGUUUGCCGCUUCCAUUAACAACGUCUCUUUCACAAUGCCCACGACAGCUCUCCUCCAAUCCCACUUCUUCGGGCAAUCCAAUGGGGUUUACAGCCCGUAUUUCCCUAGCAGCCCUUUAAUUCCUUUUAAUUACACUGGGAACCCACCGAAUAAUACCAUGGUGAGCAACGGGACUAAGUUGGUUGUCUUGCCAUUCAACACGAGCGUGGAGCUCAUAAUGCAGGACACAAGCAUUCUUGGCGCCGAGAGCCACCCGCUCCACUUGCAUGGAUUCAACUUCUUCGUGGUCGGACAGGGUUUCGGGAACUUUGACCCCAACAAGGACCCAAAGAAAUUCAAUCUCAUUGACCCUGUCGAGAGGAACACUGCGGGCGUGCCCUCCGGCGGGUGGCUCGCCAUCCGUUUCUUGGCAGACAAUCCAGGUGUAUGGUUCAUGCAUUGCCACCUAGAGGUCCACACGAGCUGGGGUCUAAAGAUGGCAUGGCUCGUCCUAGAUGGAAAGCUCCCCAACCAAAAGUUGCUCCCUCCUCCCACUGACCUUCCCAAGUGUUGACUUUGACGUCUCUUUAUUCUCUGAAGCCAUUUGACUUCCUCUUAACUUAAUUCUUUUGCUGUGUUGUCAAGCUUCUGUGUGUUUCAUUUCUGUAGUUUGGCUCAUCUCAGUUAGGCAUAAUUUGCGAUAUAGGGCCAAUCUCGCGGAUACCGCUGUUGGUGUUUUGUGAGUGAAAAUGAGGAAGAGAAUGGGAGUGUUGUGUCGUUUUUUGUACUCGAUAACAUCAUCACAAGAAUUUAUUCCAUGAGUUUAAAUAAAAUUAUCAAUAUCGGAUCACAAA